AUGAAUUCGGUGAAAGAAGAUUUCCACAUUGCUGUACCGACUGCUUUUCAUGCAGACGAAAGCUUGAAUAUAGAAGAGACACUUAAGCACAUUGACCACAGCUUGGACCAAGAAGCCCGCUUUGCUCCUGAUCUUGAAAUUUUGGUUGGAGUCUCUGGUAUCCGUCAAAAGGAGGUUUUGCGUCUUGCAGAGAGAGUUGAGCGAUCAAAUGCAAUUAAAGCGGUACUUUUGGGCUAUCCGCCUUAUCUUGUUCCCAGUCAGGCUGAAGCCGUUUGUUAUACAGAAAAAGUGCUUGAAAAACUAAGCAAACCAGUUAUCCUGUACAAUAAUCCCUUACGCACAGGCUUUGAUUUAGCCGUUGAGUCUAUUUUGCAUCUGUUUGAUAAUCAUCAGAUUAUAGGAAUUAAAGAAGCUGGUGAUCCGGAGAAAAUACAAGCCGUACAAAAGAGAUUGGAUCGGACAGUCUACUACUAUGCCGGAGGAGAGCAAGACUUGGAAAAGAAAAUCUCUUUGGGGUUUAAUCGUCUGUCUUCGAUUGCCGGAAAUGUUUGGCCCCAAGAAAUAAGCAACUGGUUUUUUAAUCUUUUGGAAGGAAAAAAUGAUGAUACAGACAAGAUCAGUCUUUUGCUGGAGAAUCUUUACAACGACAGUUUUUUGGUUCAACUGAAAAAAUUGAUUAUUGCAACUUCAGAUGUUCAGAUGGGAAACUGCAGAGCUCCUCUGGGCAAUUUAGAGAAAGAGUAG